CUGAAGGAGGCAACUUUGAAGACAAGCGUUGCCAUUGCCUAGACGUGGGUUUAUCUCGACAACUCGCAGGGUUUAUGGUGUUAUGUGCUCUGAGUUCAGUUUCUCGGAAUCGUCUGAAGCUUAUGCGUUCGUCAGCCAGCUUUUACCAGGCAGUCACACAUUAAAACAAAUCCCUCAUUAAGUUUGGUAUUUUCUUCAGUCCGAAGAAUCGGAGACAACACCAGGCAACUGCACUUGUCAGUCGCUAUUUUUGUUGUUUUUAAUUUAUAAAAGCGGGGAAAAACACCCGAAAGGGAUGCUUUGAAACUUGGUUUUAUUGUUUUUCUACUUAAGGGGAAGUUUAUCUGAAACAAGCUGAGACUCAGCAGGCACCCUUGGCUUUAGGAGAUGCACUGGGUGUAGCGGGAUGGAUUAAAGUCACGUUUUUGGAUUGCGCAAGCGAGUGUUAAAUUCGUUCAGAGGAAGAUUUUCAUUCCAAAUCUAAAAGGAUAACGAAGGUAGUCAUGGAGGAAGAAGUACAUCAGGAGAACGGUGUUCAAAACACCAAGGAUUCCGAUCGGCAGCUCCGUUUGAGACUCUGCGUUUUAAAUGAAAUCCUGAACACUGAGAGGGAUUAUGUACGGACACUGCUUUUCCUACAAUCGGCCUUCCUGCACAGGAUCCAACAGACCGCUGACGACCAGCAAUGCCUCUCCCCCGAAAACGUGAAGAUCCUGUUCUCUAACAUGGAGGACAUCCUCCAUGUCCACCAAGAGGUGCUGGCAGCUCUGGAGUCCAGCCUGAUGCCCGAGCCCCAGCCCCAGCAUGCCCUGGGCCACGUCUUCCUCAAGUUUAAAAGCAGAUUCUCCGUGUACGGGGAGUAUUGCAGUAACCACGAAAAAGCACUCCGACUACUGAUGGAGCUCAACAAAAACCCCAAUGUCAGGACCUUCCUGUUGCACUGUAUGGUUCUGGGAGGUAAGAAGACGUCAGAGGUUCCACUGGAGGGGUACCUGCUCUCACCAAUUCAGAGAAUCUGCAAAUAUCCCCUCUUGCUAAAGGAGCUGCUGAAGAGGACCCCGAAAAAGCACUUGGACUACCCGGCGGUGGAAGAAGCCCUGCAGGCCAUGAAGGCGGUCUGCUCCAACAUCAACGAGACCAAGAGGCAGAUGGAGAAGCUGGAGGCUCUGGAGCAGCUCCAGUCGCGCAUCGAGGGAUGGGAGGGAACCAACCUGACAGACAUUUCUACUGAACUGCUCCGCCAAGGUAAUUUGCUGAAGAUCUCCGCCGGGAACAUUCAGGAGAGAGUCUUCUUCCUGUUCGACAACCUGCUGGUGUACUGCAAGCGCAAAUCCAGGGUUUCAGGAAAGAAGUCUACCAAGAGGACCAAGUCCAUAAACGGGCCACAGUACAUGUUCAGAGGCCGAAUCAACACGGAGGUGAUGGAGGUGGAGACGGUGGAGGAUGGAACAGCUGAUUACCACAGCAAUAACUACACCGUGACCAACGGCUGGAAAAUCCACAACACAGCCAAGAACAAGUGGUUCGUGUGCAUGGCGAAGAAUGCCGAGGACAAGCAGAAGUGGCUGGACGCCAUCCUGAAGGAGAGGGAGCAGAGAGAGAACCUGAAGUUGGGCAUGGAGCGGGACGCCUCUGUGAUGAUCGCCAAGAAAGGAGAGAAGCUCUACCACAUGAUGAUGAGCAAGAGCCGUCACAUGAUCAAGGACCGACGGAGGAAGCUCAGCAUCGUGCCCAAGUGCUUCCAGGGAAAUGAGUUUGUGUCCUGGUUGAUUGAGAGUGGUGAGAUCAGUAAGCCAGAUGAGGGAGUGAACCUGGGCCAGGCUCUGCUGGAGAACGGCAUCAUCCAUCACGUGUCCGACAAGCACCAGUUCAAGAACGAGCCGGUGCUGUACCGGUUCCGGUACGACGACGGAACCUACAAGGCCCGUAGCGAGAUGGAGGACAUCAUGUCUAAGGGUGUCCGGCUCUACUGUCGUCUCCAUUGUCUCUUCACUCCUGUUAUCAAGGACAGAGACUACCAUCUGAAAACGUUCAAGUCUGUGGUUCCAGCCAGCAAACUGGUGGACUGGUUACUUAGUCAGGGCGACUGUACCACCCGUGAGGAUGCCGUGACGCUGGGUGUCGAACUCUGCAACAGCGGCUUCAUGCAUCACGUGCUGGAGAAGAGCGAAUUCCGAGACGAAUCGCAGUUCUUCCGCUUCUACGCGGACGAGGAGACGGAGGGCACCAGCUCAAAGAACAAGCAGCUGCGCAACGACUUCAAGCUCAUCGAGAACAUCAUGGCCAAGUCCUUGCUGAUCCACCCGCAGGAGGAAGACUACGGCUUCGAGAUCGAGGAGAAGAACAAGGCCAUCGUGGUGAAGAGCGUCAGCCGUGGCUCCCACGCAGAGAUGGCUGGGUUGCAGACAGGGCGGAAAGUCUACUGCAUUAAUGAGGACCUUGUGUUUCUGAGGCCCUUCACUGAAGUGGAGACCAUGAUCAACCAGUCCUUCUGCAUCCGCCGAUCCCUGAGGCUGCUGGUGGCAACCAAGGCCAAGGAGAUUGUGAGGAUUCCAGACUCUCCGGGCUCGCUGUCCUUCAAAAUCCAUGGCUCCGCCCCUCCCUAUGUGCACGCUGUGAGAAAAGGGUCCCCUGCUGCGUCCGCUGGUCUCCAGCCCGGACAGUGUGUCCUCAAAGUCAACGGCAACAAUGUCAAUGCCGACAGCUACCUGGAGGUCCUGGACCACUUCUCUGCUCGUUGCAGCAGUCCGCAGCCUCAGGAGCAGGGACUCUCCCAGUGGGUGUACAGGACCUUUGAAGACGCAGAAGAGGAGAGAGCCCUGAAGCCCGGCGUGUUCGGGGGGGGCCCGGAAGCCGAGGAGGAAGACAACAUGGGGAAUGGAAAAGAUCUGGUGAACGGACUGGAGCGGUUGUCUUUCUCGGACGGCGACAGUCCUCUGGUCAGCAUGACGGUGGAUAACGUGCACCUGGAGCACGGUGUGGUGUACGAGUACGUCAACACAGCCGGGGUGAAGAGCCACGUGCUGGAGAAAAUGGUGGAGCCCAAGGGCUGCUUCAGCCUCACGGCCAAGAUCUUGGAGGCGUUUGCGGGGGACGACAGCCACUUUGUGAAGAACUGCAGUCAGCUCAUCUCCCAGAGUGGCGGCCUGAUCACCAUGCCGCAGUACGAGUUCCGCAACAUCUGCGACACCAAGCUGGAGAGCAUCCACCGCCGAAUCUCCAGCUACCAGAAGUUUGCUCAGGAGCUGAGGACCAAAGCCUGCCCCACCUUUAAGAAGGCCACCAGUACGACCCACCCCCUGGGCUGCAUGGACUUCGUCCCCACCAACUGCCACCUGAACCUAAUGCAGGUGUCCUGCCCCAAGAUCACCACCUCCGCCGGCCGCACCUUCAGCAUCCGCUUCGGCCGAAAGAACUCCUUCUACGGCCUGGACCCUGACCAAGCGAACCUGAACCCCAUGUGCCACACGCAACACUGCGUGGCCAGCAUGGCGGCCCCGGCCUGGACCUGCGCGGCCCCGGAGGAGGAGGGCGGAGACGCGGCCGAGGGGGCGGAAGGGUGCGGGGCCCCGCUGGACGGCAAACCGGGCCCCGGCGAAGGCGGCGGCCUCAGCUUCCUGCUGAAGCAGGAAGACACGGAAGCCCAGGACGCCUACAUCCACCUCUUCAACCGCAUGGACGUGGCCGUGCGGGAGAUGAAGCAAUACGUGGCCCAGAUCGACGAUCUUCUGUCCUCCAUUACGGAGCCCACCCAGCCAGAGGGCUGCGACCUUCCCGCCCCUGAGACGGCCCCGCCCAUCACCCUGGUGCCCGAGGAGGCUGACCUGGACAAGGCGGAGUCUUGCGGCAUCAAGAAAGUCUGCUUCAAUGUGACCGAGGACGACCAGGAGGACUCGGGACACGACACCAUGAGCUACAGGGACUCCUACAGCGAGUGUAACAGCAACCGGGAUUCGGUGCUGUCCUCUACCAGCGUACGGAGUAACAGCUCCUACCUGGGCAGCGACGAAAUGGGUUCAGGAGACGAGCUGCCCUGUGACAUGAGGAUUUCCUCAGACAAACAGGACAAGAUUCACGGCUGCCUGGAGCACCUCUUUAACCAGGUCGAUUCCAUUAUCAGUUUACUCAAAGGGACUGUCAUGACCAAAGCCAGUGAGGAAACCAAGCACUUUCCAAUGGACAGCAGUCAACCAGACCUGAGGCACACCAAUGAUUGGGCUGCGCACUAUCGCUACAUGAUCCACAAGCACAUCCAGGAGGACCCCUGGAACCUGCCCAGGUCCAUCCAGGGCCUGGUGGAGAAGCUGCAGAGAUCAGUGGAGGAUGGGAAGAACCAGCUUCUUCUUGCUUUGUUGAAGUGCACAGAUACGCACCUGCAGUUGAGGAGGGACGUCAUCUUCUGCCAGAGCGCGGUGGGGGCGCUCUGCACCCUGUCUGAGCAGCUGCUGGCUGCCCUCAACCUGCGCUACAACAACAACGGCGAGUACGAGGAGGACACCAAGGAGGUCAGCAGGAAGUGGCUGGAGCAGAUCGCCACCAUCGGAGUGCUGUUCAACUUCCAGUCUACGCUGUCGCCCCACGUGAAAGAGGAGAAGACGAUGCUGGAGGACACCAAGGCGGCGAUGCAGGACCUGGACAGAGUGACCGUGUGCUUCCGGCCGCUGGACGAUGAGUGCCUGGUGGCGAACACGCCGGUGUACUACCAGGUGGAGGGCAGCAGGCAGGCCCUGCGUGUCACACUGUUUCUGGACAGCUGUCACUUCUCCGAGCUGCCCACCCGACUGCAGAACGGAGGGAGCCUGAAGCUCCACACCGUGCUCUUCACCAGAGGGCUGGAGAGCGUGUCCCCGCAGGACUGCGUCUCCAUGGACGAGUUUCAGAAGCGCACCAACGCCGUCUCCCUGGAGAAGGUCAAGGCUUAUUACAGGAAGCUCAGGGCUUUCUACCUGGAGAAAUCCAACUUACCGUCAGACUCCAACACCACAGCCGUGAAGAUCGACCAGCUCCAGCGACCGCUCAACGCGCUGGAAGACCUCUGCCGGCUGAUACAGUCCUACGUCAACGUGAAGCCGGGCGUGUCCUCUGGGGCUGGCUGCCACCCCUCGGGGGUGAGCGUGCUGCUCAUCUCCUCGGAGCUCUGCAGCCGGCUGGGCUCCUGCCACAUCGCCCUGUGUGCCACCGGCAUGCAGAGGUGCACUCUGAGCGUGUCACUGGAGCAGGCGGCCAUUUUGGCCAGGAACCACGGACUCCUGCCCAGGUGCACCAUGCAGGCCAUGGACCUCAUGCGCAAACAGGGCACCAGGGUUGAAAUCUCUGCCAAAAACCUCAAAGUAAUGGAUCAGAUGCCCUUGUGCGCACCAAGACUGUUCAAGCUGUGUUUGCCACCCACCGAUGGAGAUAUGUGAGGAGGGGCGUUUAAAGGACAUAGCUACUGUGUGUCUUGGUUCACUGUCGUGGUUGGAUUCGGGUAUGCGGAUUCUGUGUGUUGGGGGUGAGAGGGGGUUUUGGUAGAGGAAGAACAAGGAAUGCUACACUCAAUAAAUCGGCCUUCACAAAAUAUUGAUACCUCCACCCGCUUCGCGUCUCGACUCGGGGACACGUUCAGAGACAUUCCGGAUCAUUCCGCGUAAAGCCAUCCUCUCCCCGACGCCUUGGACUUUGCUUUCCCAGAAGUCCCCGCUGUAAAAAUGUGGCUGCCGUUGCCAUUGAUGGCCUGGCGGGUUCAGUUGGAGCGUGCCCAGUCGAUUCAAGGACUACCAGGAGUCGAGCACACAUUGGCUGUUUACUCUUACCAUACAGCUAUGUGAUCGCUGAUAGGACUGUAAAAAAAAAGAAAAAAAGAUAUACGAUCAGUGUUAUUCACUAGCCUUAGACUGCAAAUAUCACCUGCUGUCUCAGUCACGCUCACAUUCUGAUUAAGUCUAAUUCUUUUUUAGUCGUGCUGAACGCUAGUGGCGGCUGAGUGGGCGAGCGGGGCUAGUUCCCAGGCCUCUCCCUUCAGGUCGAUCAUUGUGGGACAGUUUCAGGUUGGCCGGAGCACCACUGUACUGAAGCGAGCGAGCUGAUAACCUAUUUUUGAUUGUCUACAUCUGAAUACUGAAAUAUCUCAUUAUAUCUCUCAGUUAAUAUCAGGUAUUUUUAAAAAUGGGAAAAACUAGAAGCAUUCCAGGCCGAAUAUCAUGUCGCCUAUAAAAUAGCCUAUUUAAUGGACCAACAGAAUUUUGCCUUUAUGCUUAUUUUAAAAGUGUUUCAUUAACCGGUUAAUGGAGGCUGAGAAUUUGGAACCAUUCUUUAACUGUUAAUCACGUGUGGUAGCUAACUAGCAUCCUCGCAUUUGCCAGUCUGCAGGUCCUGCACAAUAAGUAGCCUAGCCUAGCGAAAUGUUCAUUAGAGCGCGGUAGCAUUCUCUCGCAAAUCUCGCAUAGCACAUUGUUGUUUUAAAGAUAAUAUAAUCGUUUUUUUUUUUUCAUCUAAAUCAUAUGAAGGUGUAAAAAAUGCUAAAAUGCCGGCAAGGAAGAAUCAUGUAUAUCGUUGUUAUUGUUGGAAUAUAGGCCUACUGUAAAUUACAGGAAAUAUAUGAGCAAAGGGAAAACCGAGGUACUGAAUAAUGUUUUAAGCAUUAUGUUGUUAUUUUCUUAUUUUCUUGUACAUAUUUGCAUAACAAUAUUUUAUUUUCACAAGGGUCAACAUAUAGUAGGUAUAUAUGCUGUUUGAAGCAAAUUAAUGCUUAUAAUAAUAAUUAAAAAAAUAUUGAGACCAUAAAAUAUGACAUGUAAAACAUUGAAUACUUUGUAAUGAUGCUGUGCAUUUGAAGGAUUUGGUAAGAAGAGUUUGACGAGUCGCUGAAACGCGUGAACGAAGUUUCGUUCGGUGCUGUUUCUAUACGCUGACCUCGGUUUUGUGAUCAUACUUUUGCGUUAGCGUUUGCUGCCUCGUCAAAAGGGCUUACGUUUCUGUUAUUUAUCAAAGAAAAUGCUGUCAGUAUUGUUUAAACCGGGUAGAAAUUCUGCCUUUACCUCACCACCACCGUACAAACACCACCCGCUGUUGUCUCCAGUAACUGGCUUUCUCAGUUUUAUCAUCACUAGGGAAUCUUGCUACAGCAGGAAUACGAGUGGCUCGAAGCCACUUUUGACAUAUAUCAUAGAUAGAGGCUCUAGAUCCGGGAUCAUCAAAUCUGGCGCUUAAAUCCAAAUACAGCCCUGGUUGUCUUUUCUCCCAGGUUAUUAACUGAACAAAUAGUGCUACUGACUGGCCAGACUGUCUUCACACCUGGUAAAGGGAGGUUGGAAAACCUGCAGUUCUUGGCCUUCGAGAACCGCGAUUUGAUGAUCCCUGUUAUAGAUUAUAGAUGUUGGGAGAUCUGCUUGGUCACUGAGGCUGUUGUUACCCUCAAACUGAAUUCCUUAACUGACUUAUGUUUGCUAGGCUUUUCUGAGUGGACCCUCCCUGUAAACUGGGGCUCAAUUGAGCUCAUGUCACGGCAUCAGUUUUAAGAACCUACUGUGCCCGAGGUGCAUUUUAACUGCAGCACAGUUCUGGUUUUAAUAACAUUAUGAGGCUUUGAUAAAUUUCUUUGUACUGUCAUUUUAGUGGUAGAGAGCGAAGGUAAACUCAACUUUGUAUCUAGAUGGUAUUUCCAACACAAAUACUUGUGCUGUCAUUCCUGUGACCUAAAAGGCAUUACAUUUGAGUGUUUUAAUCCGAUAAACUGCUGAAGAAUUUUUGUAAGUCAUAGGCUAAUUCUGUAGUCCUUCUCAGGUCAGGCCAGUUUAAGAUAAUGUUGGGUUUUUACCCUUGAAAUAAUUCAUUUUUACAUGUAUUAAUGCAGUUUAAUUUUCACAGAAACAUAUGUGCAGUGAAUAUUUUCCAAAAUGAUUCACGGAAAUGUAAUUACUUUUUUCAUAAACUAUGUGAAAGGGUUCUAUGCAAGUGCUCUUAAUCUUUAAUCUUCACUUUGAAUUAUUUCCUGUUCUCUUAUUUUUUUUGUCUUAAUAUUUUAAUUAUUUAUCAAAAUAUUGUUGCUUACAAAGAUGGAGCCUUUCUGGUGAGACAGUGUUGAACAGUCUUUUACAUGUUUUUGAGGCCAUUGAGUUGGUGUGUGCUAUGUUUUCCACUGGGAUUCAUUUUCACAUAAUGGACAGAUUUUCUGAUGCUUAUGUCUCUGAAAAUAUACUGGUUCUGGUAUUUUAUGUGAAAUUGUAAUUGCUACAAGCUGGUAGCAGUCUUUACAACAUGUCCAAGUGCAAUAGAGUCACAACUAUUUCAUACUAAACCACAUAUGGAGAGAAGUCAUUGAUUUAAAAAAAGAAGAAAAAAAGGAUUUCAUAUGGUACCGUAAUUAAGGUUUAAUUGGGCCGUCGUAAAAGUUGAAAUACAAGUACGAUGUGUUUACUGCAGGACCAGAUUCAGUGCUGCUACACAUUGCCCUUAUCUUUGGACAGCAACUUUACGCAAAUGAGACAUUUCACAUGCAACGCAUUACACUUUGGAGGUCAGUGAAACAAAUUGAAAGUGUUUACAAAGAAACAGCGUCACACUCGCCUACGGUCUGAGGACACAAAGUCUGUAGCAUUUAUUUUCCAUCUAACCUCUCUGUCAGUUUGUGUGCCUAUUAUACAAAAAUUGGCGCAGUUCAUUUGGUUGUUGACAGCCAUAUUUUUCCCUUACUGUGUCCCAAUGUUCCACCAGAGAACAGGGCGUCCAUAAACUUGCCGAGGCUGUCAGUGCAACUGCCGUAGUCAUAGGAUAUUAAUCAGAAAAGCCAGUUCCUUCCAGCAGGCCUUGGGAAUUUGAGGUCCUGUCGUUUGAUGAGGGUACUCAUUUAACAUUUUUUUUUCUUUUCUUUUUUUAAAAGAAAUUGUGAAUUGCGUUCUUGAGAAGUGAAGACCAAUGUACAGUCAAAUAUUCUAGAACUUUCUUCUGAGGAGUGAAGAUACAGGGUCACAGCUGUUUCCUUUGUGUUUCUGGGGGGAAUCCUUUUAAAGGUGCACAUGCGGAAAGGUAAUUCUGUGGGUUCUUUCACUGACAGGCUGUAUGCACUUAUUUCCUUUGUCACAGAUUGUUGUUCUUUUUUCUUUAAACCACUUGUAUUAAUGGGUAACCUCACCGGGAAGAAAAACCCAAUAUUUGUUAAAAUAAAAAAAUAAAAAACCUGCAGGUGCAACGUACGGUACAAACCUUUGAGAUACCUAUCCCCUGUCUGGAAAAAGUUCUGUCUCUGUCCGUUACCCUUCUCUGCUUUCUACCUGCCUGACAUACAGGGGGAUAGACUGCCCUGCUCCCCUUUGUAAUGAAUAAGUAAAUAAUGAAAAUGGGACAUUAACCCAACCGAAUCUGUGCUCAGUGGUAAUAGUGCUAUUUGGUGAGUGAGGGACUCGGUUGAUGGAGUUGACCCCCGUGCAGUAGACCCCCUGUGGUUGGUUGGGCACCUGAAAUCCUGCUGAAGUAGCAUCUGUGAAACAGUUGGUAGUAUACAACUACAGUUGCAGUUUCUUUGCCGUUCCAAAAAUUGGGAAAGGUUUCCAGUUUUCAACCGACAACCAAUUCAGGUUCACACAUCUUACAGAAUGGCUGCUACUGGUCUACCAGGCUACCAGUCUCGUAAAAUCUCAUUCUGUCCUGUUUUAAUGGUUCAAAAAACUUUUUUUUUUUCUUUCUGCAGCAAUGUUGUUAAUUUAUUCUUUAAAAAUGAGGUCCCCAAACUGAUUUAAAUAAUCAUUUGAGCAGUAUUGUUAUUAAAAGUAUUUUAUUUUAUUCACUAUCUUUUAUUUGAAGCAAGAGAGAAUAUUUCUAACCAAGAGAGAGUAUUUGCUGUGCUUGGAUAUUAUGUGUAAUACUUAACUUGUCAUUUUUCUAAAUAUUCACUGUUGUACAUAAUUUGUUUGAUUUUAGUUUGUGUGCCCUAAAACAUUGUACAGAAAAAGGUUUAAUUUUUUCCAGAUUAUUAUUAACCUCUAUUUGCUAGUUAAUAAAACAUCUACAAAUUA